UUUCUUUCUCAUAUUACAGAAUCUCCUCGUCUCGCCCCUUAAGCUUUCAUUUCCUUAUUUUAUUUUAUUUUAUUUUAUUUUUAAUUUUCAAAGCCCUCUAUUUUUCUCUCUCCCCAAGCACCUUUCCUUCUGUGUGUGUGUGUAUAUAUAUAUAUAUAUAUACGCUUUCAUCAACAUAAUCUAUAUAUAUAAUUUAUAUAGAUCCUCACUGUUUCUAUAUAUAUUUCUCGCCUCUUCAGUUCCCUUUGAGAAAUCUAAAAAUCUCCUUCGUCAGACGUAAAAGAAAAAAAUAGAAGAAGAAGAAACGGGAAUAAAUCGGAAGAGAAAGAUCUGCGGUGGUUUUGAUAUUAGUGAAAAUAAAAAAAUAAAAAAAAAAAAGAUUUCUCUCAGAAUGGGUUCGGUUCUAGCUGAACUGAGCUUGGAUUUUAGACCCACUUUUGUUCCGAAAACGAUCAGAGAUUUUCUCAAGGAGGUCUCCAUGAUCCGAAAUGUGCCAGAGAGGGUCGCCAAGUUUGAUGAUUUUCUGAAAAGAUUGGAAGAAGAAAUGAGGAAGAUCGAUGCCUUCAAGCGCGAGCUUCCUCUUUGCAUGCUUCUUUUGAAUGAUGCGAUUCUGACUCUGAAGGAGGAGUUAACGCAAUGUGCAGUACCAAAUGCUGAACCAGUGCUUGAGGAAUUCAUACCAUUGAAGAAAGAUUGUGAUGAAAACGAAGAGCAAAACAAUGACAAUAAAGAAAAGGACUGUAAAGACAAGAAGAAUUGGAUGAGUUCUGUGCAGUUAUGGAACACUGAUGAUUAUCCCACAACUGAUUUCAAAAUUGAUCCAAAACUUACUUCUAAAACAGAAAUUAAGAGAAAUGAAAAAGAAUAUGGAUUUACAACUGAGGAUCCAGUCCACUGUAGUAGGAAUAGGACCGGAGGAAGGUCAUUUAUACCAUUUAAGGCUUACUCUGCUUUUCCUGGCAUUAGAAAGGAAGAUAAGGAUGAAUUGCCGGUUCAUGGGCUUUCUUUGCUCACUCCGGGUGUAAAGAAUCCAAAGGAAGAAUCUGGUUCCAGUGGCUCCAGAUCCACUUCUAGCAGAGCAGUCUCAUCCUCUGCUGCUGCUGCUGCUGCAGUUAAUGUUCAAUCCAACUUGCGAGCCGGGCAGCAGCAACCACAACAGCAGACUUCCCGGAAACAGAGAAGGUGCUGGUCACCGGAGUUGCAUAGGCGAUUUGUCAGUGCCUUGCAGCAACUCGGUGGUUCACAAGUGGCCACUCCAAAGCAAAUUAGAGAACUCAUGCAGGUUGAUGGCUUGACUAAUGAUGAAGUGAAGUCUCAUCUGCAAAAAUAUCGACUUCACACACGAAGACUUCCAGCCUCCUCAGCAGCCCCAGCGAAUCAGUCUAUUGUAGUUUUGAGUGGUCUAUGGAUGUCCCAAGACCAGUAUGGUGAUUCUUCAAAGGCUAGCAGUUCACAAUCGGGUUCACCUCAAGGUCCUCUCCAAUUAACAGGAACUGGUGGGACUUCAACAACAGGGUGUGAUAGUAUGGAAGAUGAUGAAGAUGCAAGAUCAGAGGGCUAUAGCUGGAAAAGUCAUGUUCAUAAACCUGGAAAUGAUGAUGUAUAGAGUUUAUCCAUCAUGAAUUUUGCAGAUUAAAAAAAAGAAAAUUUACACGUGGGAGGAGUUUGAUUAAUAUAAGAAAAUAAUACAUAAUACAUAUAAGGAUGAACUUGAGUGAGAGAGAGAGAGAGAGAGAGAGGCUAUGAAAGUUUUGUAGAAUUAGUUUUCCCUUCCUUUCUAUCUUGAACAUGAGUAUUUUUUUGUUUCUAUCAUAGAGUUGUUUCUAGGACUUUUGUCAAGAUCCUCGUCACCCUGAAACAAACAAAAGAACAAUGCCAAUUUUCGUGCAUAAGGCUCGUCGUUUUCUA